GUUCAUUCCAUUGACCGUAGCAUGCGAUUGGAUGAAUGGUAUUGUUAUGAAACUUUAUUGGCUAGACGAACACACGCCUUUCGUAAACCUGGACGUGCACAACAAAUGACAAGGUGAUCCAUGUGUGUCUGACUGAACCAACAGUAAGCAUGCUGACUGCACAGAGAGCAUGUGCAGGGCUGGCUGCUCGAUGCCUGGUUAGAGCCUCUGUAUCCUCGGCACACACACACCACUCUCUGAUACACACUUCCAUACCAUGUCAAGACCGGGUUGAGCUGAAUCCUGAAUGGGCCAGUCUGGCUAAGAAACAGCUGAAGGGGAAGAACCCAGAGGAUCUGAUAUGGUACACACCUGAGGGAAUCAACAUCAAGCCUGUGUACACUAAAGCAGACUCAGCCAGCAGUGCUGAUGAAUUGCCAGGAGUGUUCCCCUACACUAGGGGGCCUUAUCCUACUAUGUACACCUACAGACCGUGGACCAUCAGGCAGUAUGCUGGUUUCAGCACUGUGGAGGAGAGUAACAAGUUCUAUAAAGAUAACAUUAAAGCGGGACAGCAGGGUCUCUCUGUGGCUUUUGACCUUCCAACGCACCGUGGUUAUGACUCAGACAAUCCCAGAGUCCAUGGAGAUGUUGGCAUGGCUGGGGUCGCCAUAGACACAGUUGAGGACAUGAAGAUGCUUUUUGAUGGAAUCCCACUGGAGAAGAUGUCCGUUUCUAUGACAAUGAAUGGAGCUGUUAUCCCUGUGUUGGCCAUGUUUAUUGUGACUGGAGAGGAGCAGGGCGUGCCCAAAACCAAGCUAACUGGCACGAUUCAGAAUGACAUUUUGAAGGAGUUCAUGGUGCGAAACACCUAUAUCUUUCCCCCAGAACCUUCCAUGCACGCCAUUGCAGACAUCUUUGCUUAUACUUCCGAGCACAUGCCCAAGUUCAACUCUAUAUCCAUCAGUGGCUACCAUCUUCAGGAGGCAGGAGCUGAUGCCAUCCUGGAAGUGGCCUACACCAUUGCUAAUGGCCUGGAGUACUGUCGCACUGGUCUGAAAGCAGGCUUAACCAUUGACGAGUUUGCCCCGAGGUUGUCAUUCUUCUGGGGUAUUGGGAUGAAUUUCUACAUGGAAAUUGCCAAGCUGAGAGCAGCCAGGAGGUUAUGGGCUACACUCAUUGAGGAGAACUUCCAACCCAAGAAUGCUAAGUCUCUCCUCCUCCGCACCCACUGCCAGACUUCAGGCUGGUCUCUCACUGAACAAGAUCCAUACAACAACGUAAUCCGUACGGUGAUUGAAGCCAUGGCAGCUGUGUUCGGGGGAACCCAGUCGCUCCACACCAACUCGUUCGAUGAAGCUCUGGGCUUGCCCACGGUGAAGAGCGCUCGCAUUGCCAGGAACACGCAGAUCAUCAUCCAGGAAGAGUCGGGCAUCCCCAAAGUCGCCGAUCCCUGGGGGGGCUCACACAUGAUGGAGACUCUAACAAACGAUGUCUAUAAUGCAGCCAUGAAGUUCAUUAAAGACAUUGAAGACAUGGGAGGCAUGGCCAGAGCUGUGGCAGAAGGGAUUCCAAAACUUCGUAUUGAGGAAUGUGCAGCACGCCGUCAGGCCCGCAUUGAUUCAGGAUCAGAAGUCAUUGUUGGGGUGAACAAGUACCGUCUGGAGAAAGAGGAGACUGUGGAGGUUCUGGCCAUAGAUAACACUGCCGUACGUCAGAAACAGAUUGAAAAACUGAAAAAGGUGAAAGAAAGUCGGGACCCUGAGGCAGCGAAGAAGUGCCUGGCAGCCAUCGAGGAGUGUGCCCGAACCAGGGAGGGCAACCUGUUAGCCCUGGCUGUGGAGGCAGCCCGAGCCAGAUGUUCUGUUGGAGAAAUAAUUGAUGCCAUGAAGAAGGUGUUUGGUGAACACAAGGCCAGCACCAGGAUGGUGAGCGGGGCUUACCGCAGCGAGUUCGGGGAGCAUGAAGAGAUCACCCUGACCCACAACAGAGUUGCCGAUUUUAAGAAGCAUGAGGGCAGGAACCCUCGACUGCUGGUGGCAAAGAUGGGGCAGGAUGGCCACGACAGAGGAGCUAAAGUCAUCGCCACAGGGUUUGCAGACCUGGGCUUUGAUGUGGACAUCGGACCACUGUUUCAGACGCCCCUUGAGGUCGCCCAGCAGGCAGUGGAUGCAGACGUACACUGUGUUGGGGUCAGCACCCUUGCCGCAGGACACAAGACCCUGGUCCCAGAACUCAUCAAGGAGCUACGGAAGCUCAACAGGCCAGAUAUCCUCGUCAUCUGCGGCGGUGUAAUCCCACCACAGGACUAUGAGUUCUUGUACCAAAGCGGUGUGUGCGCCAUCUUCGGCCCAGGAACCAGAAUCCCACAGGCUGCGGUGGAGGUUAUUGACAACAUUGAGAAGAGUCUGGAAAAUAUCAGGCAGGCUAUGUAAACUCUUAAAGAAACACUUCAACAAGAACUUGUUACUCAUGCUGUCAACAACAAUGUUACACGUGCACAGAAUCAGCUUGUUUUAUAGCUUGAGGCUGUGAAAACCAGACAUCGUUCCCCACUGUGAAUUCACAGCAGGUCCUACAGAUCAAUACAAACUGUUGGGGAGUUGUGAUUCUAAUAAAAUUGCAAUCUCUGUGUAUCAGAUUUGAUUUAAAUCAAUAGUAUCUUCACAUGUUCCCACUUUUAGCCCAGGAAUGUUACAAAGAACAAAAACAAAUCAUCAAGUACCACAACUUACAGUAGUGUUUGUUCAUUGUUCAAAAUCUAAAGAAAUACACAUAUAAUCACACAGUUUGUUCUGUUCUGUUGGAUAAAUGGUGAUUGAAAUAUUUCCCUCUGUGCAGAAGGCUUAUGUGUGAACUGCUUUGGUGACAGGGCUCAAAAUAGCCUGUAAACAUCCAUGAAAUUCCAGAAUAUACAAACCCCAAUUCCAAUGAAGUUGGGACAUUGUGUAAAAUGUAAAUAAAAACAGAAUACAAUGACUUGC